AUGUUCUUGAUGAUGAAUAAUGUCAAUGAUGAAAGAAUAAUUUUAAAUGAUGGUGGUGUAAAGUAUGAGACGUAUCAAUCCACCUUGACUGCCUACCCGGAAACUCUUCUCGGUGCAAUGUUUCAUGAACGAAAUAAAGAUAUGCUUCAUCCAACAAAUGGCAAUGAAUAUUUCUUUGAUCGAAAUGGUCGAGCAUUUCAUUACAUAAUGGAAUUUUAUCACACUGGAGAAAAUUUGUGGCCAGGAGAAAAUGCUUUGGAACAAUGUUUCACUCCAGUAUCACAAAAAGAAUUAAUGAAAGAAUUUGACUAUUUUCAAAUUCCUUUGGACCUCAUAUGUGUACACGAUGAUGUAUUGAUCCCAGAUUCAAAAGUUUUAGCACAUAGAUUGGACGGUUUUAUAACUGCUUUAAUAGAAAAUCCUUCAACAAUGUAUAGCCUUUGGCCUUAUAUUGAAAGGGUACAAAAACGUCUUAAACCAUAUGAGACUU